CUGUUUUAUACAAGCAGUCUACUUUAAUUAAUAUAAUUUAUGUGAUUUUAUAUAUUUUUUGUUAAGUUGAAUAUGUUACGCUACGCGCGGGUGGCUAUCCUUUUACACUAGGGGCGGUAUCUCGCUGGGUGUGUUUUAUGUAUACUUCCGGAGCAUCAGAGGCCGACUGGUAUCCGUCCUUGUUUUAGUUCUUGGCGCGUUUUAUUCCGUAUUCCGCUUUCUGAAUCCCAAAACAAUGGCAGAGUGUCAGAAAGACGAAGAUGAAAUAACACCUGGUUAUAAAGCUCCUGCGCAAAAGUCUCUCCAGGAAAUCGCAAAUCAGGACGCUGACGACGAAAGCCUCAGGCGUUACAAGGAAUCUCUGCUAGGAAAUAUAGGCGAUAUUAAAAAAGACCCCAAUGAUACACGGAAUAUUAUACUCCAAUCGCUUAGCGUAGUUGUGGAAGGCAGAGAUGAUAUAUCUCUAGAUUUGACUGGAGAUCUAUCAAAGUUCAAAGAUUCCCCAAUCACAAUGAAAGAAGGCACUACGUAUAGACUUAAAAUGUCAUUCAAAAUUACAUCUGAAAUAGUUUCAGGUUUACAACUACUAACAACCAUACACAGAAAAGGCAUUAAAGUUGAUACGCAGAGAAAUAUGGUUGGAAGUUACGGCCCAAAAGCGGAUGUUCAACAUUACACUGGUAAACCUGAGGAUGCACCUUCUGGAAUGAUAGCUCGAGGAAAAUACACCUGUAAAAGUAAAUUUAUUGAUGAUGACAAGAAUGUAAUCUUAGAAUGGCAAUGGAUUUUAGACAUCAAGAAAGACUGGAAUUAGUGAAAGCGUCUUCAUUGUUUCAAAUAGUGCUACAGUGACGACAAAACUCCCAUAAUUGAUGGCGAAAUCAAAUAUCUGAUUAUUGUUGACUAAAAUAUGAUUGUUAUACAUGUAUCAUAUUUAUGUUCCUUUUUUGGAAAUCAUUUGGGUUUGCACCAUAUUAAAACUUUUUAGGGUGGUUCAAAAAUUAAUUUAUCUAGGAUGUAUAUAAACAAAAAGAACAUUUUGAUAAUUUGUCCUUUAUAUAUCAGAGAUAAGUUAUAUGCGGAAAUUGAUUUGUUUUUUGAAGAUACAACACUACACGUCUUCCACGAGCACCUAAUAUGUUUCCCAAUAUUAGGUAUACAGAACAAUGGAGUGUGGUACUCAGUACUUGUACAGACAUUGAUUAAAAAUGGGGUUGUAAAAUAUUGGGAAAUCACGCAUAUAUGUACAUUGAAUAUACUAUGAAAUCAAGAUUGACACUAACCUGAUCAAAAGUUAUAUAAAUUAUGAUUAUAGCUUACUAUUAGGCAGUAUUUCAUGCCAAAUAAGUCUGUGUGAUAAUAUAGUUCACUAUCAAACAGUCCAGCUUUAUUCUUCACUACUAAUUUGAUGAAUAUUUAAUCAGGCAGUAUGUUAAAUCUAAUGUUGAUAAAUCUUUGUUCUAAACAGGUAAAUUCUGACACAUCUAAAUUUCGAGAGUGUGAUCAUGAAUUUUGACCACUCACAGGCAUGCAUUAGCAUUAAUUGUUUAAUACCUAGCAGGAGAAAAUGUUUAUUCUUACUCGAUUAUUCUUUUUUUCAAUUUGUUGCCAUUCCAUGUUAAAUUUCCCUAAUUGUAAGUUAUGAUUAAUACCGAUCAAUUCAUUGUGCUACAAAUUCUUAUACGCUGUAUUAUGAUUCAGUUUGUUGAAAAGCAAAUUUCAUUAUGGAUUUACAAUUCCAAUCAAGUUGGCUGAUAUGUGUCUGCAAAUUAUUAUAUACUUUUAUGGGCCAGUAAUUUGAAUAGUCAUUUUAAAUUGAUGUAUGUGUCCAUAACUUCAAAUCGAAUUUAUAGACUAUUUAAUAAUAAAGAGAAUAAUUCAUUUCAGCAGUUUGCCAAGAGUAUUUCAGAUGUCUCUUAAGAGGCCUCCAGUAGCAUGCAUCCUUCCUUUCCACUCUCAGCAUUUAUUGGCUCGAAAUCAAUUAUAAUAAAGAAACAAGAUUGUUUUUCCCCACUCUACGCAGACAGGAAGUUGUGUCACUAAUCGCAUGGCCUCUUGUGUGCUCCUGUGUCACUAUCAUGUCAUAGGCGUUAUAUAAUGAUUUCAUAAUAUAAAUAUGGAAUAUCUGUUACCAGAUUUACUGUUGCAUGAUGACCAAAACAUUCAAUUAACUUUUAUCAAAGAUAAUUUGAUCAAAUCUUAUUAUGCAGAAUACACCUAAAUUCGAUUCCAUAUUUUCACAUGCUAUAUUUGAGUGUAAACAUUUUCUGUUGUGUUGAGGUUGCACUAUGGAUUUAUUUAACAUAAACUAUGUUUUCUUUUAUGACUUGGAUGGAUCUCUUGUAUCAAUUUGAUUUGAUAGUGGAGAACAUUGUUUUUUCAUGACCCUGGUUAUUUAAUAAAUCUCUUUUCUGUCUGGAAUUAAGUUAAAUAAUAAUAAUAUUGUUAUCACCUAUCACCAUUCAAAUCAUUGUUUCUAUGCAGUAAUUUAAUUUAGAUUUCGAAUUAUUAUCAUGCCACUCUGAAUUAUUCAGGACCAAUACUGAAUGAUGUUUUUUUUAACUAUCAUCAUUAACCACUGCUUAAAUUUUUGUUCUAGGAUAGAUGUUAGAGUCUGGGUAACAGUCAAAUAACUUGCUAUGGCAGAGAAUCUUCUCUUUCAGUUUUGUAUUCGUUUUUUUUUUUCAAGGCGAUUCUAUUAAGAGGCCCAUACAAAGUAGUUCGAACUCAGUUCAGCAUUUCGUUAAUUUUGAUUGUCAGAAUAUAAUUAUAAUAACUGCAUAUAUGCUACUGAAAAUGUAUUGGAAAAAAAUUAUUUUGGUUUCCAAAUAUCCGAUAAUUAUAAUUCAAUAUGUGAUAUGAUUUCUCAUUUUUAGGUUUUUGAAUUCAGCAGUCUGAUCAAUUUUUUUCAUGGAAACUAAUAUUCAGAAAAGUUCCUUGGAGAUAUAAAAUUAGCCCACUAUGAACCUGCUUAUUAUUGUUCGUCUGUGCUUUAACAAUUAGCAUCAAUUUGUGACUUGUACUGUGAUCAAUAAGCUAGAGUUUUUUGAUGAAUGUAUUCUAUAUGGGAAAUAAUUGUUCAUUAUUAGCUAAUGUAAUAUUCAGACAUAGUAGUAUAGUAUUCACAGUCAUUGGUUUUGUGUGAUUAUGUAGGCUUAACUUGUAUUAUUAUUUAAUUUGCGAAUCUGCCUUCAUAUGAAAAUUGAAAAAAUAAAUCAAACGACAAAACUG